AUGAGGUCAGUGAGGACCUUCCUCUCCCAAGGCCCUUUGCUCCCCACAUUAGUCCUGGUGGUGCUCCUUGUUGACUCCCUUGGCAAGGAUUUAAAUCUCCCCCCUGGGUGGGACUUUGACUCCUAUGAAAUCACCAUCCCCAAGAAGCUGAGCUUCCGGGGAGGGGUCCAGGGUGUAGCCAAGCACGUGUCCUACCUCCUGAAAGUAAAAGGCAAGAGCCAUGUUCUCCACCUGUGGCCCAAGAGAUUUCUACUGCCCCGGAAUCUGCAAGUUUUCUCCUUCACAGAACUGGGGAGACUCUGGGAGGAUCACCCUUACAUACCCAGCAACUGCAACUAUAUGGGCUUGGUUGAAGGAAAUCAGGAUUCUGAAGCUACUUUAAGUACCUGCAUGGGGGUUCUGCGGGGCAUAUUGAAAAUUGAUGCCAGCCAUUACCAAAUCGAACCCCUCAAGGCUUCUUCCAGUUUUGAACAUGUCAUAUAUCUCCUGAAGAAAGAGGAGGAAUUUCCCCAUCAGAUCUGCGGCUUAACGGAUGAUGAAACAUUAAAGCAGAUGGCCCAGCAUAAGAACGUGGCCCGGAUAAGUGACUUUUCUCAGUCGUAUAUGCACCAAAAAUAUUUGGAAUUAGCCUUGGUCUUUGAUCACAGUAGAUAUAUAUUUUUAAACUCCAAUCUUUCGCGAGUCAUAAAUGAUGCCAUUCUUCUGACUUCCAUUAUGGAUACUUACUUUCAAGAUGUCCGUAUGAGAAUACAUCUAACAGGUGUUGAAGUAUGGACAGAUGAAGACAAAAUAAGACUUACGUAUCCAAAGUUAGAACAAGUUUUAGGCCAGUUUAUGGUAUACAGAACAAGUGUACUAAAUGCUCGGUUUCCAGUAGACUGGAUACAUCUGUACCUUAAAAGAAAUUAUUCUGAUUCACUCGCACUGUACUUGGGAAAUGUAUGUACUAAGUUUCAUGCUGGAUCUACAAGUGUUUUUCCAGAUGUAAAUAUUCUUGGACCUGCCACUUGGUCCACUCAUGCACUGGGCCAUGGUGUGGGAAUGCGCCAUGAUGAAGAAUAUUGCCAAUGUAAGGGCAGGCAUAGUUGCAUCAUGGGCAGUGGACAAUAUGGGUUUAGUAAUUGUAGUUAUGCCCAUUUUUUUGCACACGUAUAUUCAGGAGCAAAGUGUCUAACUAAUAUCCCAGAACUAAGUUAUGUAGUUAAGAGAUGUGGAAACAAAAUUGUGGAAGAAGACGAAGAAUGUGAUUGUGGCUCAAUAGAGGACUGUAAAAAUGACCACUGUUGUCAACCAGAUUGUAAAUUCAAACAUGGUGCUAAGUGUAGCAUUGGGCUUUGCUGUCAUAAAUGCCAAUUUCGUCCAUCUGGAUAUAAAUGUAGGCUGGAAGAAAAUGAAUGUGACCUUGCAGAGUACUGCAAUGGGACCUCAGCACUCUGCCCAAGUGACACUUAUAAGCAGGAUGGAACUCCUUGCAAGGAUGAAGCCCAAUGUUUCAACAAGGCUUGCCGAUCCAGAUUUAUGCAGUGCCAAAAAAUCUUUGGACCUGAUGCCACAGAGGCUCCUCUUCAGUGCUAUGUUGCUAUUAAUGUAAUAGGUGACCAGUAUGGGAACUGUGGUAUUUCAGGAGUUCGUGAAUAUAGAAAGUGUAACAGGAGAAAUGCAUUAUGUGGCAGGAUACAGUGUAUAAAUGUCAAUACUAUCCCCGAUAUGCCAGAUCAUACUAUUUUAAUUUCCACUCAUCUCCACGAUGAAAAUCUCAAGUGCUGGGGCAUAGGCUACCAUCCAGCCAUGGUACCUAUGGGGUUGCCUGACCUGGGUGUGGUAAGCGAUGGUACUUCCUGUGGUAGGAACAACGUAUGUUUUAAUAGAAAUUGUGUGAAUAGCUCAGUCCUGAAGUUUGACUGUUUUCCUGAGAAGUGCAACCACCGAGGCGUUUGUAACAAUAACAAAAACUGCCACUGCAUGUAUGGCUGGUCCCCUCCAUUGUGUGAGGAGUUAGGGUAUGGAGGAAGCAUUGAUAGUGGACCACCAGGACCACUAAAAGAGGGGGUACCCACCUCGGUUCAGGUUGUGUCCCUUAUGUUUGUACGCCUUAUUUUCUUAAUUAUCUCAGUGAUUGUUGUGUUUUUCAAGAAAAUCAUAGGAAACUUUAAAACCCAAAGAGAAAGUAACCCCACCACUUAA